AUGGCGACAACAAUACCAACCCCAGCACCCACGGACCUGGACACAACCAUGCUCCUCCUCGCCUCAGCAGACCACAACACAUCUGUGAUAACCUCCCUGUUAAAAACUUCAUCCCCGAACGUCCAGGAUCCGGACAGCAAGCGGACACCCCUACACGUCGCGGUCGCAGGAUCCAACAAAGAUGAUCCUCCAGAGAAAUUGAGGGCCGCAGAGGAUACUCUUAAGCUACUUUUGCGGAAUGGGGCUAUUUGGAACGACCUGGAUGGGAACGGUGAGACGCCGGGGUGUGUUGCGUAUAGGCUUGGGUUGAAGGGGCUGUAUGAAGUUAUGGUUGAGGCGGGAGUUAGGGCUGAAUUACUACUGGCGAGGUUAGGAGGGUGGGAGGAGAUUGAGGAUGAGGAUGGGGAUGAUGAGGGUGAGGUGUUGGGCGGGGAGAAAGAGGGGGAAGGGGCGGCAGGGGGAGUGGAAGAGGUAGAGCAGGAAGGAAGCGGCAUUGGGGCCGCGGUAGAGGCGGUAGCGGGGGAGAAAGAUGUCAGUUCGGAAAACUACCUAAAUUCCGAAUUGAAAUAUCAUGAGGAUAAACUUCUUGACUCGGAAAAUAACGGUGUAAUGAUGGAAUGGGAGAGAAAUAUCAUGGAGCGAAGUGUCGAGGCAUUACUCCCCGGUGACAAACCGGGAAGGGGCAUCAUGAACAUUGGUUUCGGAAUGGGCAUCUUCGACACAUUGGCCCAGAAGAAAAACGUCGCCAGACACAUAAUCGUGGAGCCCCACAAGGACGUCCUUAAAAAGAUGAAGGAGGAAGGCUGGGACAGGAAGCCCGGAGUAGAGAUUCUGGAAGGUCGGUGGCAAGAUGUCAGUUAACCGGGCAAAAGCAGCCCAUCCCGCGCUACCCUAACCAAUCGGUCAUUGACACGCCAAACAGGUCCUUGAAUCAUUGAUCCAAACAGGGGAAACCGUCGACGCCAUCUACUUCGACACCUUUGCAGAGGACUACUCUCAAUUGAAGCUUUUCUUCUCAGAGUAUGUCGUCGCACUUCUUUCUCAGGAAGGUGGGCGCUUUAGUUUCUUCCACGGACUCGGCGCCGACAGGAGGAUUUCCUACGAUGUCUACACUAGAGUAGUGGAAAUGGAUCUGUUCGACGCUGGGCUCGAGACCACGUGGGAUACUUUUGAACUGGGUGAGGGUGAAGGGCAGAAGGAGCAGGAGUGGGAAGGCGUGAGGAGGAGGUACUGGACUCUAGGAGAAUACAAGUUGCCCAUUUGUAUGUUUAUGGAAUAGAGGCAUCUUUAAGUUACACUCCCCACACCCUGUGCAAGCGCACCUGCACAUGGGGCUGCGUUGCGUAUUUGUU